AUGAAGGCAGUUCUCGUAGUGAGCUGUCUUCUCAUUACUCUAGCUAUAUCAUACGCUCGUGAGAUACCCGAGAAUGUAGAUGCCGAUUUGGAACCUGCUGCGUCACAUCAUCAUGAGAAGGGAGGAGGAAACGAGCAUCAUCAUCACCAUCACCACGAUCAUGGUGGUAAAGGCCAUAAAGGAUACAAAGGACACCAUCACCACGAACACGGCAAGAAGGGGCACCAUCAUCAUGAAGGACAUAAAGGUCAUCACGGUGAACACGGAGGCCACAAGAAACACCAUCACCAUGACGAUGGGCACUAUCAGGAACAUCACCAUGGAGAAAAGGGUGAAAAGGGCCACGGAUUUGAAGAAAAAGGACAUUUUCAUAAGGGACACUCCACGAAGGGUCAUCAUGGAGUUCAUAAGCUAGACGAAUUCAAAAAGAACAAAAAAUUCCAUGACAAAUACGGUGAAUCUGGUUUCGAAGAGGGAUAUGGAGGUCACCACGACGAGCACGGUCACAAAAAGGGUGGUCACUUUGCUCAUGGGCACAAACAUGAUGGCCACCACGAGCAUCACCAUGGCAAGAAAGGUUUUCAUGAGAAAGGAGGGCACCACCACGAUCACAAAGGACAUCAUGAUGAAGGUAGCCACCAUGAACAUCAUCAUCAUCAUCACGGUCAUGGUGACAAAGGCGGUCAUGAAGACCAUAAACAUUGGGGAUUCAAGAAAGGCCAUUAA